GUCGCGACCUGUGACGUCAGGGGACGCAUUCCGUCUUCCGCCCCAGCCGCAGGCCCCCCGCGGGGCACUGACCCUGGCUCCCCGCUCGGCUCAUUCUCGCUCCGGACGCCACCAGCUGGACCCCGGGAUGCCGGGCGUCUCCGCCCGCGGCCUCUCUCACGAGGAGAGGAGGCAGCUGGCGGUGAACCUCACCCGUGUGCUGGCGCGCUACCGUCCCAUCCUGGACGCCUACAUCAUCGAGUUCUUUACAGACAACCUGUGGGGCACACUCCCUUGCUCGUGGCAGGAAGCGCUGGAUGGACUGAACCCGCCACAGCUGGCCGCACAGCUGCUGGGGAUGCCUGGGGAAGGGGAAGCGGUCAGGUAUGGGCAAGAGGGGCCCCGUGCCGGGGGACCCAGGGUGUCACUGUCAGGAUGCAAUGGAGCUAUUCACUGGGGGCCCGGGCUGGCCUAUCGCAGGUACAGGUCGGUGUGGCCACUCACCCUGCUGGCCCUGAAGUCCACAGCCUAUGCCCUGGCCUUUACCCGGACACCUGGGUUUCAGACCCCCUCAGAGUUCCUGGAGAACCCCAGCCAGAGCUCCCGCCUGACAGCCCCGUUCCGGAAACACGUCAGGCCCAAGAAGCAGCAUGAGAUCCGGAGGCUGGGAGAGUUGGUGAAGAAACUGAGUGACCUCACGGGCUGCACCCAGGUCGUGGAUAUAGGCUCAGGCCAGGGCCAUCUCUCCCGAUUCAUGUCCCUGGGGCUGGGGCUGACAGUGAAGAGCAUCGAAGGCGAUCGGAGGCUGGUGGAGAGAGCUCAGCGCCUGGACUGGGAGCUCCUGCAGGCCCUGGAGAAAGAGGAGAGGAGGAGCCCACAGGUGACCCGGGCCGGCCCUCGCCACUCCCCACACCACGUGGUUAGGUGGGUAGAGCCCACGGCCCUGUGCAAGGAGCUCCUGCUUCCCCUGGAGCCCUUGCCUCCGCGCGGGGCCCGCCUGCUGCUGACGGGCCUCCACGCCUGUGGGGACCUGAGCGUCGCCUUGCUGAGGCACUUCUCCUGCCCCGAGGUGGUGGCCCUGGCCUCGGUGGGCUGCUGCUACAUGAAGUUGAGUGAGCCUGGCGGCUACCCACUGAGUCAGUGGGUGGCGGGGCUUCGUGGCUCCGAGCUGCCCUACAGGCUGCGGGAGGGGGCCUGCCACGCCCUGGAGGACUAUGCUGAGCGGCUACAGAGAGCGGGCCCCGGGCUCCGCACCCACUGCUAUCGGGCGGCACUGGAGACGGUCAUCCGGGGCGCCCGGCCCGAGCUUCGACGGCCAGGCGUGCAGGGGAUCCCCAGGGUCCACGAGCUCAAGAUCGAAGAAUACGUGCAGCGGGGGCUGCGGCGGGUGGGGCUGGAUCCCCAGCUGCCACUGAACCUGGCUGCCCUUCGGGCCCACCAGGCCCAGGAGAACCGAGUGGUAGCCUUCUUCAGCCUGGCCCUGCUCCUGGCCCCGCUGGUGGAGACGCUGAUUCUGCUGGACCGGCUGCUCUACCUUCAGGAGCAGGGCUUCCAUGCUGAGCUCCUGCCCAUCUUUAGUCCUGAACUCUCGCCCAGAAACCUAGUUCUGGUGGCCACCAAGAGUCCCCUGGGUGAGGCCUUCUCUCUUCUGGAAACUGAAGACAGCUGACGAACUCCAUCUGGAGUUCAUCCAGAGGACCAGCCUCCUAGCUUCCUGCAACCCUGGCCUCUCCGUCCCCAUGUUAACAUAAUACUAUGUAAAGAUUUAUUUUUAAUUUAUUAAAUAAAUGAAAUCUUUAUUUCUC